AUGGAUGGUCCCGUACCUCCUGCCUUUGGUAAGCUGCGUCAGCUGGAAGUUCUCGACUUGGGAGGGAACUUCUUCUCCGGACCACUGCCAUCGUUGCUUGCUCAGCUCGCAUCCACACUGCAAACGCUGGAUCUGACAGGUUAUAGAUUUGAGGGACCGAUUCCAUCCGUAGUUGGGAAACUUACCAGCUUGAGGUACCUCGCCAAGCUCGAGAAACUCCUUGUCUUGAAUCUCAGAGCAAGCUUGUUCACAGGCUCCAUUCCUUCCUCCCUUGGGCAACUGAAAAGCCUUCAGCGUCUCUAUCUCUCGGGUUCUCCCAAGCUCACAGGUUCCAUUCCCUCAUCCUUUGGGGAACUGAAAGGCCUCCAACGUCUCGAUCUCUCAAGCAUUUCCGAGCUCACAGGAUCCAUUCCGGAGCGUCUCGGCGACCUCCAAAACUUGGAAUAUCUCGACUUGAGUGGCACCAAGCUGUCGGGUUCCAUUCCUCCAUCGCUAGGCAAGCUUGCCAGCUUGGAGACGUUGAAGAUAUCAGGCACCAACGUCACUGGACGAUACCCCAACAAGCACGGCAACCUCAAGAAGCUCAAGAACUUUCGCUCUGGCGCUGGGCUUACUGGACAAAUAUCGAGUUCUCUUGGCCGUCUUAGCAAACUUGUCAUGCUGGAUAUCUCGUCCAACUCAUUCAGCGGCAGCAUCCCCGAGUCUCUAGGCCUUCUCUCCAAUCUCAGCGAGCUCUGGGCCUCGGCAAGCCAGCUGUCGGGUCGUAUUCCAGAUGGUUUUGCUCAAGGUCUCAAAAACCUAAAAAGGCUGCAGCUUUCGAUGAACAACCUCACUGGGCUUCUGGCCAACCUUAGCAGCUUGCAAGUCAUCCGACUUGAUAACAAUACGAGCUUUGACGCCAUCUCCGGGCUGAAAACACUCCAGGGGCUCUCAACGAUCUCAGCGGCUGCAAGCUCCAAGGGUCAAUACCUUCCUGGAAGAAUCUCCAACCUCAAGCACCUCUUCCUCCAGUCCAACAAGAUCCAAGGAAAACUUCCAGACAGCUUUGGAAAAACUCUUCCCAAGUUGAGGUAUCUGGAGCUGUGCGACAACUUCCUUACGGGAGUCCCGAAAGACUUGAGCAACAUGGGAAAAGGAAUGCUAUACCACCUCGGACUCAACUACAACAACCUCAGCUUUCAGGCCCUCGAAGGACUGACCACACUCCCCCAAGUUCCAUCCCGAGCUGGUUUGGCAAGAUCCCAAUGGCCCAAGAUGCCAAAGAUGUCGUCAGCAAUGUUGCAGUGCUGA